UGAUAAUAACAAAUUGCAUAUUUGCCCAAAUUCAUAUUUCUCCCAAGUCACGCUGCAGCAGCCAUCGAUCGUAUUUCAACCAGAGACCCGUCGACCGCCUGAGAUCACGCCAGCACCACCGGCGCAUCGUGCGCCUGUGAGCCGCCGCCGCCGCACGCCGCACCUCUGCAUCGACCGACGAUCGCUCGUUUGCAGCCCACUCUGCAUCGCGCGAUUGGGAGCCGCCGCACCACUGCACCUCGUGCUCGUGAGCCGCUGCACGCCGCACCUCUGCAUCGACCGACGACCGCUCGUUUGCAGCCCACUUUUGUAUCGCGCGACUGUGGCCGCCGCCGGCCCGCCACACGCCCGCACCUCUGCAUCGACUGCUCGUUUGCCACCCCCACCUCGCUCCUCUGCAGGCCCAAGUGAGUGAGUGGGAAAUUUGAUAGGUGGAGAAUCCUGGCUUUUUGUGGAGGGCUAGCAUUUUAACUUGGCAGGUUUAUGCUUUGAAAGAAAAAAUAACACUGUCUUGUUUGAAAUAAUUGGAGUUCGGGUUGUUUGAGGAUUUAUUUGUGAUGGAGGGUAACAAAGAAGAAGCAAUCAGGGCCAAGGGGAUUGCUGAGAGUAAGAUGCAAAGCAAGGAUUUUGGUACUGCUCGUAAAAUUGCACUCAAAGCCCAACAGCUUUACAAAGAUUUGGAUAAUAUUUCCCAUAUGCUAAUGGUUUGUGAUGUGCAUUGUGCUGCUGAUAACAAACUAUAUGGGAAUGAGAUGGACUGGUAUGGCAUCCUUCAGACUGAUCGGACAGCUGAUGAGGCAACAAUCACAAAGCAGUACAAGAAGUUUGCACUCUUACUUCAUCCUGACAAAAAUAAGUUCCCUGGUGCAGAGGCUGCUUUCAAGUUGAUCGGUGAAGCUCGGAAGGUUCUUUUGGACAAAGGAAAAAGAUCCUUGCAUGACAUUAAGCGACAAGCUUUCGUAAGUAAACCGGCUCCAACAUACAGGCCCCAGCACAUGCAGCAGCCAACAGCUCAACAGGGGUUAUCCAAUGGGCGCAAAACUUUCUGGACAGCUUGUCCAUUUUGUGAUGUGAAGUACCAGUAUUAUGUGGAAGUUAUGAACAAGUCUCUUAUUUGUCAACAUUGUACUAAGCCCUUUAUUGCAUAUGAGAGUAUUAUGCAUGGGGCUCCAAAAGCAACUAAUUUGAAUCAGUCGGCAUUUCCUGAAAGGGAAUAUGUACCAAAUCGGGCUUUUAGCAAAGUGGAACUUACUCAUCAGAGCACUUUAAGUGCUGAGCAAUCUGGAACAGAGUUCUUUCAGAAGAAAGGUUUCAGUGCAGAGUUAGGUUCACAAAAGGUAAAUGGAAGGAGACAGAGGAAAAGGGAUGUAGAAUCAAGUGAAAGUUGUGAUACUGAUAGUAGCAUCAAUACUGAAGAAGAUAUGCUAGUUGAUGAAGAUGGUGAGUUUAAGGCAGAAGUGAAUUCGAGUUGCUAUGGAAAGCGCCCAAGGAGAUCUGAUCGGCUUAAGCAACAGGUCUCUUAUAAGGAAAAUUUGAGUGAUGAUGAAGACUUCAUGACCCAUUCAAAGAAAACCAAGGGGACGGGAUCAUCCUGUGCCAAUGAAGAGGAGUGCAGAAAUGGAUUGAGGGACAAUUUAUUUAAAAAAGAUAAUCAUUCUGGUCUAGCUUAUGUGAAAGAUCUGAAUGAGGAGAACCAGAAGAAAGGUCCAGAGAGUUUUGCAAAUGAAUUAAAGGACAUCAAGGAUGUAAAGAGAAAAGAAAAAGCAGAAGAAAAUGGGUAUAAGAAACCUUUUGACCCUCAUGUUGACUUUGCAUCAGAUUCUAGCCCCAAAUCCACAUCAAAUCCAGAGCGCUACGAGUAUCCUGACCCUGAUUUCAAUGACUUUGAUGAAGGUCGGAAUGAAGGGUGUUUUUCAGUAGGGCAGAUUUGGGCUAUUUAUGAUACUCUUGAUGGCAUGCCUAGGUUUUAUGCUCGAAUUGGGAAAGUUCUCUCUGCUGAUUUCAAACUGUGGCUAACUUGGCUGGAGUCGGACCCAGAUGAUGAGGAUGAAAUUGGAUGGGUCUGUGAGGGCUGGCCAACUGCUUGUGGUAAGUUCAGAAAUGGAAACUCUGAAAGUACUGAAGAUCGGCUUAUGUUCUCCCAUAUGGUUAAUUGGGAGAAAGGCAGGCAAAGGAAACCUUGCAAGAUAUUUCCAAGGAAAGGGGAAAUUUGGGCUCUCUUCAAGGAUUGGAAUAUUAAAUGGAAAUCUGAUACAGACUCAAGCAGGAAGUUUGAAUAUGAAUUUGUGGAAAUCUUGUCAGAAUAUACCGAGGAUGGUGGUGCAUGUGUUGCGUAUCUAGGCAAGUUGAAGGGCUUUGUGAGUCUUUUCUGUCGAAUUAGCAAGGAAGGAAAUGCCACAUUUCAAAUUCCGCCAAAUGAGCGGUUCCGCUUUUCCCACAUGAUUCCAUCAUUCAAAAUGACGGGCAAGGAAGGAGAGGGUGUGCCAAAGGGAUCUUUUGAACUUGAUCCAGCUUCUUUGCCCAAAAAUAUUGAAGAGAUUGUUGUCCCUGAGCAUAUGGUGGUUGACGUAAGUAAUAGUCAUCCUAGUGAUUUGUUUUCUGGAUUCUCAGAAAGUCGGGAAGCAGAAUUCUUCAACUUUAAAGCUGAGAAGUCGAUUGGAAAGUGCACUGCGUGAUGAUGUAAUUCAAUGGCAUGAUAAGGGUAAAUGCCCAUUAGUUGUGGAAGGACUUAAAGGGUGAAUCACAUUCUUAUACUUCUGAUGCAUAUAUCAUUUUGUCUAUAAAAGGUCAGAUUUGGGCUGGUCUGCUGAAAUUAAACCUAUGUGAAAUUGCAAAUACUUGUUAAUGGAAGGAUCAGCUGUUACAAUACUUGUAUUAGCUGCAGCUUUUUUCUUUUUGGGUGUAGAGAUGCAAUGCUAGUAAGCAACUCACUUUUUUUUUAAAAAAAAUUUAAAUUUGAAUAGUUC